AUGAGCGCGUCUUUGAAUUACAAGUCUUUUUCCAAAGAGCAGGAGACCAUGGAUAACUUGGAGAAGCAACUCAUCUGUCCCAUCUGCUUAGAGAUGUUCACGAAACCCGUGGUCAUUCUCCCCUGCCAGCAUAACCUGUGUAGGAAAUGUGCCAGUGACAUUUUCCAGGCCUCUAACCCGUACUUGCCCACAAGAGGAGGUAGCACUGUGGCCUCGGGGGGCCGAUUCCGUUGCCCAUCCUGCAGACACGAAGUGGUUUUGGACAGACAUGGGAUCUACGGGCUUCAGAGGAACCUGCUGGUGGAAAAUAUCAUUGACAUCUACAAGCAGGAGUCCACCAGACCAGAAAAGAAGUCCGACCAGCCCCUGUGUGAGGAGCACGAAGACGAGCGCAUCAACAUCUACUGUCUGAACUGCGAAGUGCCCACCUGCUCUCUGUGCAAGGUCUUUGGGGCGCACAAGGACUGCCAGGUGGCUCCCCUCACGCACGUGUUCCAGAGGCAGAAGUCUGAGCUCAGCGACGGCAUUGCUGUCCUUGUGGGAAGCAAUGAUCGGGUCCAGGGAGUGAUCAGCCAGCUGCAGGACACCUGCAAAACGAUCGAGGAAUGCUGCAGAAAACAGAAACAGGAACUUUGUGAGAAGUUUGAUUACCUGUAUGGCAUCUUGGAGGAGAGGAAGAACGAAAUGACCCAAGUCAUCACCCGAACCCAAGAGGAGAAGCUGGAACAUGUCCGUGCUCUCAUCAAAAAGUAUUCUGACCAUUUGGAGAACGUGUCAAAGUUGGUUGAGUCAGGAAUACAGUUCAUGGAUGAGCCGGAAAUGGCAGUGUUUCUGCAGAAUGCCAAAACCCUGUUACAAAAAAUUUCUGAAGCAUCGAAGGCAUUUCAGAUGGAGAAAAUAGAACAUGGUUAUGAGAACAUGAACCACUUUGCAGUCAACCUCAGUAGAGAAGAAAAAAUAAUACGCGAAAUUGAUUUUUACAGAGAAGAUGAAGAUGAAGAAGAAGGAGAAGAAGGAGACGGAGAGGGAGAGGGAGAAGGAGGAGAGGGAGAGGGAGAAGGAGGAGAGGUAGUAGAAGUGGAAGAGGCGGAAAAUGUUCAAACAGAGUCAUCAGGAGGAGAUGAAAGUCCAGAGAAAGGCCUGGAGCCCUCUCCGCCCGCCUCGGAGCUCCAGGCUGCCCCAGAGCCUCCUCCAGCCCUGCCACCCGCUGCCGAUGCCCCGGUGACACAGGGGGAGGUUGUACCCACUGGCUCUCAGCAGACCACAGAGUCUGAAACUCCAGUCCCUGCAGCAACGGACACUGCGGAUCCCUUGCUUUACCCUAGUUGGUAUAAAGGCCAAAUGCGGAAAACCACCACCAACCCACCUUCCACCCCAGGGAGCGAAGGUCUGGGGCACGUAGGGCCUUCAGGUUCUGAGGAUCCGAAUGUGCGGAAGGCAGAAGGGGCAGAAGCCGCAGCCAGUGAGAGGGCAGCAGUGAGUGGUAAGGAAACUAGCUCACCUGCGGCUACUUCUCAGACUGGAUUUGAGAACCCUCCCCUCCAGGGACAGGCUGCAGCUUCAGGGAGUGGGAAUGGAGCUGAUUCUGAGCCAGCUCGCCAUGUCUUCUCCUUUUCCUGGUUGAACUCCCUGAAUGAAUGA